AUGUGUAGCGGUUACCCGACGCCCGUUUACGCUCACGCUGGACGCGGAGACUUCCGGGACGUGUACGAGCCGGCCCAGGACUCUUUCCUGCUGAUUGACGCGCUGGAGAAAGAUGCAGAGAGGCUGCAGGAGAUGAGCCCGGGUGUGUGUUUGGAGGUCGGCAGUGGUUCAGGAGUCGUGUCAGCGUUUCUUGCAUCAGUGGUUGGACCGUCAGCUGUCUACAUCUGCACCGACGUGAAUCCUGCUGCAGCUCAGUGCACAGCAAAGACAGCUUCUUGUAACAGCGUUUCACUGCAGCCUGUCCUCACAGACCUGGUGGAGAGUCUUCUGCCACGGCUGUGUGGGAAGGUCGAUAUCCUCCUCUUCAAUCCUCCCUAUGUGGUGACACCUUCUGAAGAGGUCAGCAGCAGUGGCAUAGAAGCUGCCUGGGCUGGUGGGGAGCGAGGCAGAGAGGUUACCGACAGGUUUCUCCCCUCUGUUGCUCAGUUGCUGUCCUGUACAGGCUUGUUCUACCUCAUCACCAUCGCUGAGAACGAUCCAGAGGAGAUCAUCAGAUUAUUGAGCCAUCAAGGCUUGGAGGGAGAGUCCUGCUUGUCCACCAGAGCAGGGAAUGAAAGGUUGUCGGUUCUGCGCUUCCACAGAAGCCAACCAACAUGAAUCACAACUACAUAAUCCUGUGAAAGGUUGUUUGUGAGCCAGCGAACCGACGAUCCAGGCCUCCUCGUGGACCUGAAGCUGGCGCAGAACCCUCUGAGCAUCAACGGGGGCCACCACCAGCACCGCACCGAGGCCGCAGUUGAAGGUGCGGGACAUCUCCUCCUCGCUCAGACACCCUUCUUUAUGGAUCCAAGCAAACACUGGAGGGAUGCUCCACCGGGACGCAUCUGAGCGUUUAAAUACCGAUAAUAAGAACACAUCACAGA